AUGUUUCAAGCACAAAGAAACGGGAAGUCGCAGAGCUCAGGAGAGAGGAUUGAUUUCAAAUUUACAAACUUUCAAGCUCUUCAGGUACCAAAGGUAUGGGACAAACUUUUAGUAUCGAUAAUCUCAGUGGAAACAGGAAAAACAAUUGCACGAUCAAAUAAAGCUCUGGUGAGAAAUGGGAGUUGUCAAUGGACAGAAACGAUAUCCGAGUCUAUUUGGAUUUCACAUUAUGACUCUUCAAAAGAGCUUGAAGAACAUCUUUUCAAGUUUGUUGUUUCCAUGGGGUCUGCGAGAUCUGGUAUUCUUGGUGAGGCAACCGUCAAUAUUGCUCGUUACUAUACAAGUUCAAGAUCAUCUGCCCCAGUUUCAUUGCCAUUGAAAAAAUGCAGCUACGGUACAAUUUUACAGGUCAAAAUCCAAUGUCUAACACCAAGAACAAAACUAAGGUACAUUACUAUGGUAAUUGAAGAUUAUGAUGAUGCGGGUAGCAAAUCACUUGAGUCUGCUGCCUCUCUUAACCUCAGUGCUAAAUCCUCUUCAAGUCAAGACCUGGCUCCCACUUCACUUCUUGAAAGAAUCAAAAAAAUGGAAAAAACUUAUGAGCCAUCUGGGUCAAAUCAAAACAAUGAUUCGGAUGAAUAUUCUUUAGAAAAGGAGAGGUUCUAUCGAAAAAGUCAUACGAAUGGAAUCAAGAACAAUCUUAAUGCAAGCUCCCGAAACAGUUCUCCUCGAAGUAAUUACCAAAUUGAAGAAGAGCUUUCCAUGUCAAAAUCAAACAACUCAUCUUUCAAAUCAAGAAUAACCCAUGACGAACAAGAACAAUCUUAUGAAGAAACCCCUCCAGCUGUUCUUCCCACAUCAUCUGUGACGAAUGUUGGUGCUUCAAAAAACCUUCUUGAAGCAGCUGAAGACACAAUUGAAGAGCUUCGUGAUGAGGCCAAAAGAUGGGAGAGAAAUUCACAGAAGUUAAUGCUCGAUUUGGAGAUUUUAAAAGAGAAAUUCUCCGAUCAGUCAAAAAAUCUGGCUGAAGUUCAAAUGGAGCUUUCUACAGCACAUGCUGAACGUGAUGGAAUGAAGAAAGAAGUUGAUCAUAUAAAGAUGCUGCUAGAAGAAUCGGUGCUCAGACAAAAGGCCACAGUGGAAUCAAGGUCAACGUAUAACUCUGAGGGUCAAAGCCAACUUCUAAAGGAACUUGAAAACGAGCUAAAAUCUCACAAAACAUCGAAUACUGAUUUGGCUCAACAACUAAAGAGAAAUCAAGAGUCGAAUAUAGAGCUUGUGUGUAUUCUUCAAGAACUGGAGGAAAUGACUGAAACGCAAAAGGCGGAAAUUGAAGAACUUUUGGUGGUCAAGUCAAAGUUUAGCGAUUUAGAGAAGUCUUUCAACAACAAUUUGGUGGAAACCAGAAGCUUACAACUUAAAUUGCAACAAAUGGAGGAAUCAGAGAAGACUUUACAUGCUAAUUUGCAGAUCCUUGAACAAGCAUUAGAAAACAAAAUCAGUGAUUUAGAACACGAGCGAACUUCAAGUAGUCAAACUAUUUCAGUUCUUGAAAAGGAAUACAAAACUACCUUAUCUAUCAAAGAAGAAGAUAUCAGCAAUUUGGAGUUGAAGCUAUCAUCAUGUAUAAAGGAAAGCAAGGAUAUUGAAGCAGAUCAAAUGCAGGAAAUCCAAAGUUUGAAACAAAAAGUUAGUGAGAUUGAAAAAGAAUGUAGUGAGCUAACGAAUGAAAACUUUGAACUUCUUUGUGAGCUUAAAGAAUCAAAGAAAAUUCUACAAGAAAACAUGGAAGAUGCUUUGAAUGAAAGCAAUAUAACCUCUAAAUGUUUGGAUAAUUUAAGAAAUGAUCUUAUGGUGCUUAGCAGCAGUGUUGAUUCACAAGUUUCUGCUAACAAGUUACUUGAACGGAAAGCGUUGGAUCUUGAAAAAGCUAAGGGUGAAGUCGAGCUUCGCUUGUUUGAAAUGGAAGAAAAAAACAUCAAGUUAUUGGAACGUGUGUCUGAAUUAGAAAGUGAAGUAAGAUGGGUCAAAAACGAGCAUGAAAAGAUCCAAAUGGAAUUUGUGAAAUCUGAAAAGGAGAAACUGCAAGAAUCUGCUGAGAAUCUCAUUGAGGAAUGCAAUACUCUUCAGAAGUCGUAUGAAGAUAUGACAAAGGGAAAGUCAAAGUUGUAUGAAGAAUGUUCACGUUUAGAGAUAGAAUUAAAGGAAGCCAGCAAGAAUUUGGUUAUUUCUUCUGAGAGGGUAGCCGAUUUAGAAGAAAAGAAUUCUUCUAUGCUGGAAGAACAUAUGUUUAAAGAAAAGAGUCUUUCUUCACAUUUGGAUGAACUUAAUCAAGAAAACUGGAAACUAAAAGAAAAGGUUACAAUGGAAGAAAGUUUGUUGAACCAAAUGUACUUAGAGAAGACAGCCGAGAUUGAAAGUUUCCAAAAAGAGGUGGAACAACUCAAAGAAGAAAUGUCAGAAGCUUUACAAGAAAUCAAAAGCUUAAGUUCCGAGAAAUCCAAAUUAGAAUCUUCUCUCAAAGAAGUUAAUUCAAGAAGAGAAGUGACUGAAAAUGAGCUUCAAACUCUUCGUGAGGAAUCUGAAUUGAAGAUUCGAGAUCUAACAGCCGAGCUUGCUUCUAUAAAACAAAACUAUAAGAAGCUGACUGCUGAUCACGAAAAAAAGUCAAAGUUGUUAAGUGGUUACAGAACCAGAGAAGAGCGGAGAAAGACAAUGGAGAAUGAUCUUGAACUUAAACUUACAAUUUCUGAAUAUGAACGCCAACAACUCAUUGAGGAAGCUGCAAAUCUAAAAGAUAAGAUGCAUAAAACUUUGAAUCUUGAAAAUGAAUUAUUGGAUCAUAAACAAAAGCUUGAUAAGUUAAAGAACGAAAAGAGUUAUCUUGAAGCUUCUCUUCGUUCAGUUUCAAGUAGUUUUGAAGAGCUUAAUGCUGAGAAGGUGUCUCUUCUGAAAAAGAUGUCCGAGCAUGAAGAUUGUAAAAGUCAGAGAAAAGCAUUGGAAGAAAAGCUAAUGAAAGUAGAGGGGGAUGUAACGGCUAAAAGUGCAUCCCGUCUGCAGGAUGCAGAUAUGAAAAACGAGAUUAGCAGGAUCAAGAGUGUUAAUUUGCAGUAUCAACUGAAAGUUCAACAGCUUGAAGGGGAAAAGAAUGAAUUCAUAAAGAAAGUCCAUGCUCUCGAGGAAGAUCUAAAACUACUUUCAGCCAAAACUAAAAUGGGUGGUCUUGAGAUUCGUUCACAAGAAGAUAUUGAUUAUGCUGCCAAAAUAGAGAUGCUUGAAGCAGAACUUGAUGAGGCUCUCGAUGCAAAUAACAAGUACAGAGUUCAACUUCAAAGGCUAAAGACAGAGGGGCGUAAUAGUCUUUCAUCAGUUCCUGGGAAAUCAAAGGUUGAAGGUGAAGUAGUAACCAAAGAAAGAUUUGAACGGACAAAGUCAUCUCUGGAGACAGAGCUUAAAGACCUCCGUGACCGUUAUCUUGAGAUGAGCCUAAAGUAUGCUGAAGUAGAAGCCGAAAGAGAAGAUCUUGUAAUGCAGUUAAAAACAAACAGCAGUACUAGGAAACGAUUCCAAUUCAUUGACAACCCAUGACAAGUAGUAGAAAUUUAUAUUCUGAAGUGCUAGUAAGUCUAUACACGAACACUAAAUAAUCACUGAGGCACGGCUGACACGAAUGUUGGCAAGUGCGUCGCUAGAGUAAGUACGUUGCCAUAACAAAGAAAUGUUAUUAUCAUAAGAUUUACUCAUCUUACUUUGGUACAUUUUUCUAGUAAUAGAAUGUAUGAUUUUGCUAA